AUAACGUACGUGCGUGCUUCUGUUGUUGGAGGAGGAAAGGGAAACGGUGUGGCGAAGUCAGAAAUCUAAAGGGAGGUGUAAUUGCUACUUUAGAAAACACGAAAAAACAACACAACAUCCUUCGCAUACGGUACGAAGACACCAACUAAGAAAAUCCGUCUAAGUCCAUCGUUUUUAAAGCGGGGGCCGACAUGUCUGAAACAUACGACUUCCUGUUUAAGUUCCUGGUGAUUGGCAGUGCUGGAACAGGGAAAUCUUGCCUCCUGCACCAGUUCAUUGAGACCAAGUUCAAGCAGGACUCCAACCACACCAUCGGGGUUGAGUUUGGUUCCAGGGUGGUCAACGUCGGGGGUAAGACUGUUAAACUACAGAUCUGGGACACAGCUGGACAGGAGCGCUUCAGGUCUGUGACUCGCAGCUACUACCGUGGAGCGGCAGGGGCACUGCUUGUCUAUGACAUUACAAGCCGGGAGACGUACAACGCCCUGACCAACUGGCUGACAGACGCGCGGACGCUGGCCAGCCCCAACAUCGUCAUCAUCCUGUGCGGGAAUAAGAAGGACCUGGACGCGGACCGAGAGGUCACCUUCCUCGAGGCGUCCCGCUUCGCACAGGAGAAUGGGCGGGAGUAUCGAUUUUUACUGACUGUGUUGACCGCUACAGAGCUGAUGUUCCUGGAGACCAGUGCUCUGACAGGGGAGAAUGUGGAGGAGGCCUUCCUCAAAACUGCCCGCACCAUCCUCAACAAGAUGGAGUCAGGUGAGUUGGACCCAGAGCGGAUGGGUUCAGGUAUCCAGUAUGGAGAUUCUUCUCUGAGGCAGCUGAGACAGCCCAGAGGUUCCGCCGCACAGAUCAAGCAGCAGUGUAACUGCUAGGGGCCGGACCCCACCCUUCAACCCCACACUCACAGGACGCCCCCUAAAGCUCUAGGUGUUUUGGGAUGUGCAGGACUCCUCCCCCUCUCCCUUCUGCUACCCCUUACACACUUACAGCAUACCUGGACCAGUCGCAACCCCUGACCAUUGGUAAGAGUCUAUACUUCCUGCCAAGGGAGGUUACCCGGGCUCCUGGGUCCUAGGCCGGGAGACCCUGUGGCGUGAACUGUGCUGGGAACAUAAGACAGUCAAUAUCUGGGAUGACUGUCAGGGGUUGUGGGUAGGGGAUGUCCCGUUUUUACCCUUUUGUUGUUUUUAUCAACACACGCUUGCAUGCACGCACACGCACGCACACAGUACACACACCACCUGUAACUGAAAGUUCAUGAAGGAUGAAUUGCAAAACACACAGUCAACUUCCUCAUUCAUACGCAGCCUGUUAGACUGCACUGUCAGGUUGUUUGACAAGUUCUUGUGUUUUACACAUCACUCACUAUUAUUAUAUUUCUGUUUUUUAUAAGCUGAAUUUAACCUUUGUUUGCACUGAACAGUACUUCUUAUCAAGCCUGCUAUUCACCUUCUGAUAACCAGGCAAACCUAAGUCUCCGAAACCCAAACUUGACUACUCUGCAACCCCGAAAAGAGCCAUUUACCACCAACACCCAAGCAUGAGCAGGUUGUUGGGUCAGUUGUGAAUGCUUCCUCAAUUAUUGUCCAACCUUUUCCCCUGAUUGUUCUCCUGGCUUCAGAUGUGCACAUGUCACUGAUUCCACCGGUCUAAAUGUUACCACAUGUAACUUGACUUCGGGUAUAAAUGGCAUUGAUUCUAAUCUAAUCUUGUCCAAGGUUUGAUUUAAAUUAAACAAAAACAAUUGUCACUACUAGCACCUCCCAAAGGGAAAUCGAUUCACUCCAUAAGGUACUCAAAGGCCUGCGGGUCAUGUCCAUAGCACAAGGAUAAGUAAGGUUUCAGUUCAGUCUUCUCUUAUGGUUUUCCAAAGGACCCCAAUGACCACUUGUUUUUCUCCAUUUAUCAGCUGCAUAUCUAAUGUCACUGCUUGCCUUUGCCAUGUAAGGGUUACACUCUGUCUCAAUCUCGGGCUCUAUCGCGCCCUGGGGGUGGGGAGGUUAUCUCUGAGAAUGUAACCCCAUCUCUGCCCUCUUCAUUUCUCUGCUGCUCUGAGUUCACAUGUAAAGUACGGUCACAGGAAGCUAGACUGGUUUCAGUGUCACUAGUGGGAAAUAUUCAGGUUACAGGGCCAGGCUGCAGUCUGUUGCAUUCAACUGCACUUCUUGUUUUUACAUGUCUUGCAUUUUGCCUCUUCCACCUAUCAUUUCCUGACUGUCAUAGAAUCAGGUUAUGAAAGACAAAAACAUUUAGAAUUUCGGGCCCUUACCUAAUUGCAGGCCCUUAUGCACCCUUACUUAAUUCCUAAGCAAUGCUACUGUUUGGACUCCACUAAGAGCAGUUUAUCUGUUACACUGAACCAGCAUUGAGAAGAUGGCUAUCAAAAUGCCGCUGUGACAUCAUCAACCCAAGAAAGACUGGUCCCAUUUUGUGGAAAGAUUUUUUUAAAGUCUGCUUUGUUACUUUUCUCCUCUGCAAGUGCACUUUUACGUGAGAUUGUUUUGUUUAUAUACUGUAUCUAUAGAAUUGUACAAAUUGUAUUAAUUGAAAUAUACUGUAAUAAAAAAAAAAAGAGCAAUUGGAGAGGUAAUCAUUCCUUACUAAAGAACAACUGAGAUUUUGUCCUUUCUCUCCCGAUAUCGACUGACCCAAGCCUCCUGUUCUAUUCUCCCUCUCCAGGGUUGUGGUAAAAUGACUCACUCUGUCAAUUCUUUUUGACUCGUUGUUUGUAGCUUCCUGCUGCUGUUUUGAAGGGGCGAUGUAACACUUGGCAAUUACUGUGACUUCCUGAGCCCCUGUGAGUGUGCAGACCGACGGCAAUCAGUCAGUCAUGUCUCACGACGGUAGUGAUGCACUCCAUGCUGCUUGACCCCUAAGACCAUUGAACCUUGGCCUCAAUAAUGUCUUGUGUAUUCUAUUGAAUGCACCGUAAGCACUUAAUCACAUGGCCAUUAGCCUAUUACUAACUUCCUUCAGUCUCCUGUCAUUUCGAAACGGAGCAGAGACUCAGUUGUUGCUUAGUAACCAAUGUGAGGGAAUCAUUUUAGGAACUACUGUACAUCUGAAUAAUCUGCUGUAAAUACACUUUCAGUUUGUGUAUUGGAUUGUUUUUGGGCAGGGAAGGGUAGCUUGUUCGUUUUAAGAUGUAUUCUAAAUAAAUAUAGCUUUUUAACUCUG